UCUCACGCAAGCAAAAAAAAGAAAAGCGACUUCGUUCCUUGGGCCGCCCUGGUUUAGACGAUUGUAGGGUGUCCUGGUGUAGGUGUUGGGUGGCUUUCUCCUUUCCUUUUCACUGGGGGGAGGUGAGCGAUUUAUUUGGGGUCGCUUUUCGGGGGUUUAGUUUAGUUUAAUGUAUUGUUAGUGUCUCUCUCUUUCUUUGUAAGCAUGACGGCGUCUCUUGAUUAUUUGGUGGUUUUAUUUGGGGCAACAGCCGGGGCACAUGGGAAAAAGCUGGGAUCUGAUGAGAAGGAGCUGGUGCUUUUGUUAUGGCAAGUGGUGGAUUUGGCCAACGAAAAGGCUGGGAAAGUGCACCAAGUAUUUGUAAAACCGAGUAACUUGGAACUAACAGAGCAAUGCACCGAGCACACUGGCGUUACGGUGGAAAACCUGAGCGCAGCAGAACCUCUGGAUCAAGUUCUUCAACAGUUCAAUCGAUCUGUGAGCAAUGAGUUGAAUAUUGGAGUGGGAACUUCAUUCUGUCUUUGUACAGAUAGUCAACUGCUAAUACGCCAAGUCUUCCACCCUGAAGCUUCUAACAAGAAUGUCAUGUUACCAGAAUGCUUCUAUUCCUUUUUUGAUCUGCAAAAAGAGUUUAAGAAAUGCUGCCCAGAUGCCCCUGAUCUCCACGAACUCGAUCUCAGUGUUAUGGCCAAACAUCUACAUCUUGAAGAUGAAUCAGCCACCUACCAGUUUGGUGUUUCAGAUAUUAUGACUGCAAAUGACAUUAUAUUAACCAUUAUAUCUGAACCCCAUAAUCACAGGUUUACAGCUCCUGAAAGAGUGAAUCAUAAAUUUGAAACGGGGACCUGCAGCAAGAUGGAGAUCAUUGAUGAUAAUACGGUAAUCAGAGCGAGGGGGCUACCCUGGCAGUCAUCUGACCAAGAUAUUGCUAGAUUCUUCAGGGGUCUCAACAUAGCUAAGGGUGGGGCUGCACUAUGCCUAAACUCUCAGGGAAGAAGGAAUGGAGAAGCUCUUGUGAGAUUCAUUAAUGAUGAACACAGAGACCUGGCACUACAAAGACACAAACAUCACAUGGGAAACCGAUAUAUUGAGGUGUACAAGGCAACAGGGGAAGAUUUUCUGAAAAUUGCAGGAGGUACCUCCAAUGAAGUAGCUCAGUUCUUAUCGAAGGAGAAUCAGGUUAUUAUUCGUAUGCGUGGGCUUCCAUUCACAGCUACAGCAGAGGAAGUCUUGACAUUUUUUGGAUCAAACUGCCCAAUAACAGGUGGAAAAGAGGGAAUCCUUUUUGUCAAGUAUCCUGAUGAGAGGCCAACGGGUGAUGCUUUUGUAUUGUUUACCUGUGAGGAGUAUGCCCAAAAUGCACUCAAGAAACACAAGGAUAUGUUGGGAAAAAGGUACAUUGAACUAUUCAGGAGUACAGCAGCUGAAGUACAACAGGUUCUUAACAGGUAUACAUCCACUCCCCUUAUGCCCAUAGCACCCGCUCCUGUCAUUCCUAUGCUCCCUCAACCAUUUGUGCCUUCUACUAAUUUGCGAGACUGCAUCCGUUUGCGAGGCCUACCUUACGCUGCCACCAUCGAGGACAUUCUAGAGUUCUUGGGUGAAUUUACUUGCGAUAUACGACCUCAUGGAGUGCACAUGGUGUUAAAUCAGCAGGGCCGUCCUUCAGGCGAUGCCUUUAUCCAAAUGAAAUCAUCAGAUCGAGCAUUCCUGACUUCUCAGAAGCGUCACAAAAGAACAAUGAAGGAUAGAUAUGUUGAAGUAUUCCAGUGUUCUGCUGAGGAAAUGAACUUUGUAUUAAAGGGUGGCAUUUUAAAUAGAAAUGGCUUGUCUCCACCGCCAUGUAAGUUACCAUGCUUGUCUCCCUCACCAUACAAUACAUUUCCAACACAGGCAACUGUUAUUUCAGCUGAAUCUGCAGCUCUCUAUCAACAACCUGUGUUUCUCAGUCCCCGGGCUCUCCCACCUUCAACAGCAUACUACCCAGCUGGUGCCCAGUUCUACAUGAAUUAUUCUGCAUUCUACCCGAGCCCUUCUGGGUCCCUGACCAGCAUUGGCUAUUUCCCAACACCUGCCGCUGUUCCAACCCAGCCUGGCACCAUUGUCAGGAUGCAAGGACUAGCUUACAACACAGGAGUCAAGGAAAUCCUUAAUUUCUUCAGUGGCUAUCAGAUUCCCCCUGAGUCUGUGCUGAUCAUGUCCAACUUGUAUGGACAACCCAGUGGCGAUGCUUUUGUGAUAUUCCCAUCGUUGGACACUGCCAAGCAAGCUGUGGUAGAGAAGAACCACCAACACAUUGGCAGUCGCUUUGUGGAUCUUUACUUGUUGUAAAAUAUUCUGUGCUACUCAGUAUGGAAACAUAAGUAACAAGCAUGUUUAUGCAAAAGUAAUAACGUCCAUAACAAUUCAGAAUGAAGAUGUUUCUUAAGAUAACCUAUUCCACUAACAAAAUGAGAAUGAUGCCAUUUUCAUUCUAUCUUAGAGGAUAUGUGAAGCUGGACAUUGAAAGAAUGUAUAUGUUAUCAUCAAAUAGUAAUUUGGUUUAAUUAGCACAAACUGCAAUGGUCAAGUUUUUAUAUGAACACUAAAACUUGGAUACUAAUUGUAACACUUAUGCAUAGGGUUUUCCACGUCAAUCUUCAUUGUAAGAGAUGACUUAUAUAACAUUGAUCCACGUCACUCAUUAUUGUAACGCAUCAAUGCAGGCCUCUUCCAUGACAAACAUUACAGUGAUACACUUGUACAGAGCACUUCCUCACUAACUAUUACUGUAACAAGGGCUUUCUUCAUGUCACUCAUUGUAACAUGAAUUUUUUUUUUACAGGUCAUCUUCAUUCCAAUCAUUACACACAUGUACAGGGAUCUUCAAUGCCAAUCAUUACUAUAGCUUGCUUGCAAAGAGCUGUUUAUUUAGUGUAACAUACCUGUACAGGGAACUUCUGUGCCAGCAAUUGCUAUAACAUACAUUUAUGUGUUACUCAUUAUAGUAACACAUCUGAACAGCACUUACCUUUAUCAAACAUUAACAUAAUAAUGUACAGAGAACUUCUACUUUAAUAAAAAUACUUUAACACUUCUGUAAAAACCUCUUCAUUGUCACUUAUUGUGAUAUCACACGUGUACAGGGUUCUUCCACGUCACACAUUUUUUAAAAAGGCUCAUUUAUUAAAAUCAUUGUUGUAUCAUACCUGCACAAGAUUCCUUGACUUCAAUAAUGUACAGGAUGCUUUCCUGAAUUUCAUAAUUCUACUGGAUGACAUUUAUCAGACACUGCUUUAUCAUUACUAUAAUCCAAGGGCCAUACGAGCCUCACAUCUGCUAGUUGUUCCUUGCCAAUCCUUUCUGUGGUUUUCUGCAGUUGCAAUUUAUUUAUUCUGCUAUUUAACAUUUAAAAUAUUUAGUCUAAAGACUAUUGCUUUCUUUACUAAGGUUCACAAAUGUAUCUUUUAAUUAAAAUAGAAAUCACAAAUAUAAAUUUUAUAUGUAUAAAUUGUUUACAACCAUGGUAAGCACUAUUCAAACUGUAUGCCUCCUAAAAUAAUCAAUAUCAAGCACAGACUAAAGUUCCAGUGUGCCUUUUAUGUUUUUAGACCAUAGUGGCCAAAAUUUUAUAUAAUAAUGUUCACGCUUAUUUGGCUGGAAUAUUAUUCCGAGUUACUGUCAAAUCUGAACACUAGUGUCAGUGCAGACAAACAGGCCAAAGACAGAAGAUAGAAAGUGUUAAAACAUAAUUAUUUCAACUGAUAAAUCUGCAAAUGACUCAAACUGUUUACGCAUGUUAGUUUAUAGAUCUCUAGGCUUUAACUAUUAAAUAUAACAUAUAAAAAUAUUGUAAAUCAGAUACUACCAGUUUGAUUGUAGCAGAUAAUUUUGAUAUAAAAUAUUAGAUUCAUGUCUGUGAGCACUAAAAUGCAGGAUAUAUCAUUUUAUGUGGCAAGAGUUAGCUCAAGGAGUGCAAUACUUGAGGACAAUUCUGAGUUACAUUAUGUGCAACUGUUAUCCUAAUGUUUGAAUACAUGAAAUGUCAAAGGAAUGAUUGUUUUUAAAUACUGUAUAAAUUCAGUGUUAAAUAAAAUACUGAGUAUA